AUGCCCUUGGUCCAAGGAGUCUGGCCACAAGCGGAUGCUGAUGUCUGGAGUUGCUGCAGUUGGCAGUCCUUUGAGGACGAUGCGACCACCGUCGAGCUCUCCAACCACGUGAUCAGCAUGACCGCCCGGCUGUCCAGCCUCGAGCGUCACUAUUCGCAGCUGAGAACCGCAGUGACAACGUCGAAGAAGUCAGGAGGAGAGACGGUGGCUGACCCCCACUCGGCCGCCCCAAGCCACUCUGCCUCCAGCCAGACAGCUCUCAACGAGCCUGAACAGAUCAAGGAGUCGGCCCCUGCGCCUGCCCCUGAGCCUGUGGCCCAAAAUGACUUCUCAGGGCUGCCGAGCCAUGACAUGGUCGAAUAUGGGCUGGAGAGCUCCAUGCCGCUGCAGGACGAAUAUGGACCCCUGCCAGUCCCCGAGGUGCUGUCGCAGGAGGAAGCAUCGAGGCAGGAAGACCCGACACAUGACGAUCCUGGCGUGCUGGAAGGCUUUCUGCCACCGGGACCCAGUCCUGUCAUGAUCAAGGACGUCGAUCCAUUUCAGGCGGAACGCGAGGUGAGAAUGAACAACGGCGCAUCCUUCAGGCCGGCCUUCGACAUAUUCUUCCGGCGUCUCAAUCCCCUCCACCCGCUCCUCAAUGAGAACCAGUUUCGAGCCCAGUUCGACAACUUUGUGUUCGACCAAGGCCGUGGACUGAGCGAACUCGACCACGCGCAGCUGCUGGCGCUCGUCAAUCUGAUCCAGGCCGAAGUCGAGAUCCUGAUCGGCGACUGCUCCGACUCGGACGCCAUCUUUGGCUGGCGCGAGUUCUGCACCGCGGACAGCAUUCUCCAGGACCUGAUUUGGAAGGGCAAGGCGAAUCUGAUGACGAUCCAAUGCCUGCUGCUGAAGGCCCGAUACCUGAUGUACCUGGAGCGGUACAACCAGGCCUACGACAUGAUGGCGACCGCCGUGAGGAUCUGCAUGCAGCUGGGGCUGCAUGACCAGUCCCGAUGGGCAGGCCAGGGGGCCGACCCCUUCGAGACAAUCAUGCGCCAACGCGUCUUCUACUCCCUCUUCACGCUCGAGCGCGCAGUGGCACUCAGCUGUGGGCUGCCGCCGACUCUUCGCCAGUGCGACUUCUGUGUCGACACCCCUCCGGCUCUGGACGACCGAGGCCUGUUCCCGAAUCGACCGCUGCCCGAGGAGACGCCAGAGCUUUCGUUCGUGCCCUACUUUGUCGCCAUCAUCAAAUGGGCCGAGCUGUGCGGCGACGUGUGGGAUGGGAUGCUCCACAUGCGCGCCGUCAAACCGGUUUCGGAGGCUCAAAUCGCGGCCCUGGACCGUAAGAUCCUUGAUCAGGUCAACGCCGUGCACCCGCAACUGCAAUGGAAGACGGAGCGUAGUAACGCCAACCGAGGCCGGCUGGAGCCGUACGUGUGGCGCCAAAAAGUCAUGUACCGCGUCGUAUGUUCCUUUCCUUCUCUUUUUUGCAAUUCCAUUCCGUCAAGCAGGCGAAACACUGACACGAGCCCCCUGAUCAGCGCAUGA